GGCUGGCGGCGCGGGCGGGCGGGGACGGCAGGCUGGGGGCGGCUACGGCGAGGGGCCGCGCGCGGAGGGCGCCGGGCGCAGCAUGGGCGGCCCGCGGGCCUGGGCGCUGCUGUGCCUCGGGCUUCUGAUCCCCGGAGGCGGCGCCGCGUGGAGCGUCGGGGGAGCCCAGUUCUCCGGACGCAGGAACUGGUGCUCCUAUGUGGUGACCCGGACCAUCUCAUGCCAUGUGCAAAAUGGCACCUACCUUCAGCGAGUGCUGCAGAAUUGCCCCUGGCCCAUGAGCUGCCCGGGCAGCAGCUACAGAACCGUGGUGAGACCCUCGUACAAGGUGAUGUACAAGACGGUGACCGCGCGUGAAUGGAGGUGUUGCCCUGGGCACUCAGGGGUGAACUGUGAGGAAGUUGCAGGCUCCUCUGGCUUCGUGGAGCCCAGGUGGUCCGGCAACGCCAUGCGACGGAUGGCGCUUCGGCCCACAGCCUUCUCAGGUUGCCUCAACUGCAGCAAAGUGUCAGAGCUGACCGAGCGGCUGAAGGUGCUGGAGGCCAAGGUGGCAGUGCUCACUGUCACUGAGCGGGCAAUGCUCCCGACCCCAGCUGCCCCCGGGGACCCCGUCCCACUAUGGGGCUCCCCAGGUGCCCAGGGCAGCCCCGGGGAUGAAGGCCUCCGAGAUCGAGUUGGUGGCCAGGGGCUUCCUGGGCCCACUGGCCCCAAGGGAGACACUGGCAGCCGAGGCCCAAUGGGGAUGAGAGGCCCACCAGGUCCUCAGGGCCCCCCAGGAAGCCCUGGCCAGGCUGGAGCUGUGGGCACCCCUGGAGAGAAGGGACCUCCAGGCCUACCCGGGCCUCCUGGCCCCCCGGGACCCCCUGGGCCCCCAACCCCUGUUGGACCACCCCACACCCGGAACCCCCAGUAUGGGGACCCGUUACUGUCCAAUACCUUCACUGAGACCAGCAGCCACUGGCCCCAGGGACCAGCUGGACUCCCAGGCCCCCCAGGGCCCAUGGGUCCCCCUGGACUUCCUGGUCCCAUGGGCAUCCCUGGGAGUCCUGGACACAUGGGACCUCCAGGCCCCACUGGACCCAAAGGAAUCUCUGGCAACCCAGGAGAGAAGGGAGAGAGAGGACUGCGUGGGGAGCCUGGCCCCCAAGGCUCCACGGGGCAGCGGGGAGAACCUGGCCCCAAAGGAGACCCUGGGGAGAAGAGCCACUGGUCAGCUCUCGGGAAAAGUGGAGGCAGUCGGAAAAGGAACCCACCAGAAGCUACUCAGCAUGUAACAGAUUACAGUACCUACAGCCAAGCGGCAGCCCAGCAGGGCUACAGUGCAUACACUGCCCAACCCACUCAAGGAUAUGCACAGACCACCCAGGCAUAUGGGCAGCAAAGUUAUGGAACCUAUGGACAGCCCACUGAUGUCAGCUAUACCCAGGCUCAGACCACUGCGACCUAUGGGCAGACCGCCUAUGCAACUUCUUAUGGACAGCCUCCCGCUGUAGAAGGGACCAGUACAGGUUAUACUACUCCAACUGCCCCCCAGGCAUACAGUCAGCCUGUCCAGGGGUACGGCACUGGUGCUUACGAUACCACCACUGCUACGGUCACUACCACCCAGGCCUCCUAUGCAGCUCAGUCUGCUUAUGGCACUCAGCCUGCUUACCCAGCCUAUGGGCAGCAGCCGGCAGCCACCGCACCUGCAAGACCGCAGGAUGGUAACAAACCCGCUGAGACUAGUCAACCUCAAUCUAGCACAGGGGGUUACAACCAGCCCAGCCUAGGAUAUGGACAGAGUAACUACAGUUAUCCCCAGGUACCUGGGAGCUACCCCAUGCAGCCAGUCACAGCACCACCAUCUUAUCCUCCUACCAGCUACUCCUCUACACAGCCGACUAGUUAUGAUCAGAGCAGUUACUCUCAGCAGAACACCUAUGGGCAGCCGAGCAGCUAUGGACAGCAGAGUAGCUAUGGUCAACAAAGCAGCUAUGGGCAGCAGCCACCCACUAGUUAUCCCCCCCAAACUGGAUCCUACAGCCAGGCUCCAAGUCAAUAUAGCCAACAGAGCAGCAGCUACGGGCAGCAGAGUUCAUUCCGACAGGACCACCCCAGUAGCAUGGGUGUUUAUGGGCAGGAGUCUGGAGGAUUUUCCGGACCAGGAGAGAACCGGAGCAUGAGUGGCCCUGAUAACCGGGGCAGGGGAAGAGGGGGAUUUGAUCGUGGAGGCAUGAGCAGAGGUGGGCGGGGAGGAGGACGCGGUGGAAUGGGCAGCGCUGGAGAGCGAGGUGGCUUCAAUAAGCCUGGUGGACCCAUGGACGAAGGACCAGAUCUUGAUCUAGGCCCACCUGUAGAUCCAGAUGAAGACUCUGACAACAGUGCAAUUUAUGUGCAAGGCUUAAAUGACAAUGUGACUCUAGAUGAUCUGGCAGACUUCUUUAAGCAGUGUGGAGUUGUUAAGAUGAACAAGAGAACCGGACAACCCAUGAUCCAUAUCUACUUGGACAAGGAAACAGGAAAGCCCAAAGGUGAUGCUACAGUGUCCUAUGAAGACCCACCAACUGCCAAGGCUGCCGUGGAGUGGUUUGAUGGGAAAGAUUUUCAAGGGAGCAAACUUAAGGUUUCUCUUGCUCGGAAGAAGCCUCCAAUGAACAGCAUGCGGGGUGGUAUGCCUCCCCGUGAGGGCAGAGGGAUGCCGCCGCCACUUCGUGGAGGUCCAGGCGGCCCAGGAGGUCCUGGGGGCCCCAUGGGUCGCAUGGGAGGCCGUGGAGGAGACAGAGGUGGCUUUCCCCCAAGAGGGCCCCGGGGUUCCCGAGGGAACCCAUCCGGAGGAGGAAAUGUCCAGCACCGAGCUGGAGACUGGCAGUGCCCCAAUCCGGGGUGUGGAAACCAGAACUUCGCCUGGAGAACAGAAUGCAACCAGUGUAAGGCCCCGAAGCCUGAAGGCUUCCUUCCACCACCCUUUCCACCCCCGGGUGGUGACCGUGGCAGAGGCGGCCCUGGUGGCAUGCGCGGCGGAAGAGGCGGCCUCAUGGACCGCGGUGGUCCCGGUGGGAUGUUCAGAGGUGGCCGUGGUGGAGACAGAGGGGGCUUCCGUGGUGGCCGCGGCAUGGACCGAGGUGGCUUUGGUGGAGGAAGACGGGGCGGCCCUGGUGGGCCCCCUGGACCUUUGAUGGAACAGAUGGGAGGAAGAAGAGGCGGGCGCGGAGGACCUGGAAAAAUGGAUAAAGGCGAGCACCGUCAGGAACGCAGAGACCGGCCCUACUAGACGCAGAGACCCCGCAGAGCUGCAUUGACUACCAGAUUUAUUUUUUAAACCAGAAAAUGUUUUAAAUUUAUAAUUCCAUAUUUAUAAUGUUGGCCACAACAUUAUGAUUAUUCCUUGUCUGUACUUUAGUAUUUUUCACCAUUUGUGAAGAAACAUUAAAACAAGUUAAAUGGUAGUGUGCCGAGUUUUUUUUCCUUCUUUUAAAAGAUGGUUGUUUAACUAAGACUAAACAAUGGGAACCCCUUGUGAGCAUGCUCAGUAUCAUUGUGGAGAACCAAGAGGGCCUCUAACUGUAACAAUGUUCAUGGUUGUGAUGUUUUUUUUUGUUUUUUUUUUUUUUGUUUUUUAAAUAAAAUUCCAAAUGUUUAUAAACAGU